AUGCUUGGUGGAUUAUUUCCUGUGCAUACAUCCGGUGCGACCACAUGUGAUUCUAUAAAUCCUGAAAGAGGAGUUCAGAGGGUUGAGGCAAUGUUGUUUACAUUGGAUGAAAUCAAUAAUAAUAGUAAAUUACUUCCGGGUUUGACUAUCGGUGCUACAAUACGUGAUACAUGCUCAGAUGCAAAUCAUGCAUUGGAACAAGCAUUGAAAUUUGUUCAAGCAAGCACUGGCAACAGUGUGACAUCAUCAUCUUCACAACAUGGUGGAAAGGCGAAUACAGUCAAUGAACAAACAGAACAAUUGGUAACUCGUGGAGUUGUUGGCGGUUCAUAUAGUUCAGUGACCAUACUAGUAGCAAAUUUAUUUCGAUUGUUCUCUCUACCACAAAUUUCAUAUGCAUCAACAAGCGCUAUACUGAGUGAUAAACGUGCGUUUCCAUUAUUUGCACGCACUGUACCGUCAGAUGUUGUACAAGCACGUGCCAUGGCCACUUUGGUUUCAGCACACAACUGGACCUAUGUGUCUACAGUACGUAGUGCAGGUGAUUAUGGAGAUUCAGGUAUGGAUGCUUUUUGGAAGGAAGCUGAUAAACUUGGUGUAUGCAUAGCAGCAAGAGAGGUCAUCAGAGGGAAUACUGGUCCCGAAGACCUAGAUAAUAUAGUUAAUGUACUUAGUAAGGAUUUUGCUAAAGCUAGAGUUGUUGUAUUGUUUACUGGUAUGGACCAUACAAAGCUAUUGUUAGAUGCAGUACGAAGAGCUGGUCUAGUUAAUCACUUUGUAUGGAUAGCUAGUGAUGGAUGGGGCAGAGAAAAUGUACCUGUUUCAAAUAAUUCAAAAGAAGCAAACGGUGCACUGACUAUAGAAAUUCAAGCAGAGCCUAUUAAAGCAUUCACUGACUAUUAUCUAUCUUUAGGAAGAGAAAACCAUAGAAAUCCAUGGUUCAGAGAAUACUGGCAAGUUUUAACACAGUGUAGAGAAGAUAUAUCCAGGGACGCAUAA